AUGUCGUCAAGGACUCUCCCUUUGCUCUUUAUCAACCUCGGCGGGGAAAUGCUUUAUAUCCUGGACCAGCGGCUUCGAGCGCAAAAUAUCCCCGCUGACAAAGCUAAGAAAGUUAUGAACGACAUCAUCACCACGAUGUUCAACAAAAAGUUCCUGGAGGAGCUCUUCAAGCCGCAGGAGCUGUACUCCAAGAAGGCCCUGCGCACAGUCUUUGACAGGCUGGCUCACGCCUCCAUCAUGAGGCUCAAUCAAGCCAGCAUGGACAAGCUCUAUGACUUGAUGACCAUGGCCUUCAAGUACCAGGUGCUCCUCUGUCCCCGACCGAAAGACAUCCUAUUGGUGUCCUUCAACCACAUGGACGCAAUCAAGGAAUUUGUCAAAGACACGGCCUGCAUCCUGAGCCAGGUGGACGAGACGUACCAGCAGCUCAUCGAGAUGUACACGCCGUUACCGAGUGGGGAAUUCCAGCUGAUUAGACAAACUCUCCUUAUAUUCUUCCAGGAUAUGCACAUCAGAGUGUCUAUUUUCCUCAAGGACAAAGUGCAGAACUCCAACGGUCGAUUCGUACUUCCCACCAGCGGCCCCGUACCCCACGGUACACAAACCCCAGGCUUAAUAAGGAUGUUUAACUGUACUGGCGAGGAAUCACGCAGGCUGCAGUUCAACAACGGUGGAAACUAUGCUGCUGCUCUCUGCCAAGGAUCAUUUGAGCUCUUCGGAGACAGAGUCACCAAACUGGGCACAAACAUGUACAGCGUGUGCCGUCCAGUGGAAACACACAUGUCAGGGACGGCCAAGAACUCCGCUCAGCACACCAAGGUCAACGCUGCUCCCAACCCGCUGGCCAAAGAGGAGCUCAAUCUCUUGGCCAAGCUCAUGGGAGGCUUGGACGUCCAGAAACCACCUGGGAAUGCGGACAGUGGCUUCCGGGUCAACCUCUUUGCUACUGACGAGGAGGAAGAAGAGGCGUUAAUGUCGAGGCCGGAUGAGCUGUCGUAUGGAUUUAUAAACAUUCAAGCUACAAAGGACCAAACUGCAAAUGCGGAGUUGGCCAAAAUCAUGGGAGAGUUCAGCGAUACUCGGGAGUCGCGGGACCACGCCCCGAGUGCCAGCAGCAAAGGAGACGACCUCCUGGCCAUGAUGGACGGCCUGUGACGGCCCUAAGGGUCUGCCUCCGAUGGCGAUGCAUUGUUGUCUGUGCCAGCAAAACAUGUUUGCUGCAACCUGCGCAGACCAGUAAACCUUCAGGUGUUCCCCCCCACCCCCACACAGGUGUAGGGCGGCUUGUACAAUGUAAGGAGAGACACGGUCAAACUUUGCUGUAAAGGUAAUGGUGGUUUGACAUUUGUACAUCUGUAGCGGCCAAUGGAGGGUGGCUGGGAUUUUUUCAUUUUGACAGCUCAUAUCCCACAAAUACUUCUUUUUACUUUUAGGAAUUAUUUAACAUAAAAAGCGAAACGUAGCUCUUGUUGACCACAUGGGUCACUUUUUACUACAAAACCCCAAAAGCAGUGAAGUUGUCACGUUGUGUAAAUGGUAAAUAAAAACAGAAUACAAUGAUUUGCUAAUCCUUUUCAACUUAUAUUCAAAGACAAGAUAUUUAACGUUCGAACUAGUAAACUUUGGUUUUUUUUGCAAAUAUUACCUCAUUUGGAAUUUGAUGCCUGCAACAUGUUUCAAAAAAGCUGGCACAAGUGGCAAAAAAGACUGAUAAAGUUGAGGAAUGCUCAUCAAACACUUAUUUGGAGCAUCCCACAGGUGAACAGGCUAAUUGGGAACAGGUGGGUGCCAUGAUUGGGUAUAAAAGCAGCUUCCGUGAAAUGCUCAGUCAUUCACAAACAAGGAUGGGGCGAGGGUCACCACUUUGUCAACAAAUUGUUGAACAGUUUUUAAGAACAACAUUUCUCAACCAGCUAUUGCAAGGAAUUUAGGGAUUUCACCAUCUACGCUCCGUAAUAUCAUCAAAAGGUUCAGAGAAUCUGGAGAAAUCACUGCACGUAAGCGGCAAGGCUGAACACCAACAUUGAAUGCCCGUGACCUUCAAUCUCUCAGACGGUACUGCAUCAAAAAGUGACAUCAGUGUGUAAAGGAUAUCCCCACACGGGCUCAGGACCACUUCAGAAAACCACUGUCAGUAACUACAGUUGGUCGCUACAUCUGUAAGUGCAAGUUAAAACUCUACUAUGCAAGGCGAAAACCGUUUAUCAACAACACCCAGAAACGCCGUCGGCUUCGCUGGGCCUGAGCUCAUCUAAGAUGGACUGAUGCAAAGUGGAAAAGUGUUCUGUGGUCUGACGAGUCCACAUUUCAAAUUGUUUUUGGAAACUGUGGACGUCGUGAUUGAUUGCUUGCAAAAAACAACAUUAAUUAUCUUGUCUUUGCAGUCUAUUCAAUUGAAUAUAAGUUGGAAAGGAUUUGCAAAUCAUUGUAUUCUGUUUUUAUUUACCAUUUACACAACGUGACAACUUCUGGCUACUGGAUGCUGAUCACUCAUUAUAGUUCAAAUACAGCUACUGCAAUUUGGAUGCAAUUACAGUGGAACCUCGAUUUACGAGCUUAAUUGGUUCUUCAACAUGAUUUGUAUAGUGAAGCAAAUUUCUCCAUAAGAAACAACGUGAAUAUGAAUAAUGGGUUCCAACCUCGACAAAAGUUCAUAUUUAGUGAAGUUUCGUACACUUAGAACACAACAUAAAGUGCUACACUGCCUGUCAAACAAGCGGUGAUAGAACAAUUAUUUCUUGAUUAACGAGCCUAAACAUCCAACCGAGAGGCUAGGAAGCGCACACACACAUAAGUCCCUUUGGUGCCCUCACAAAUGAUCAGAAAUAACAAAAAAAAUCCUUAACUUUGACUACCGUAUUGCUACAGCAAUAAACAUUUUAAAAAGUAAAAUCCUGUUACAUUAACAUCGGCAAAGGAGAAGCUGACCGGAAGAUGGGGGCGGGGGGCCCGUGUGCUAAACGAGAAGUAGUCAUUCUCCGCCGCUGUAGAAUAAUUCUCCUUUGGCAUCAUUUUUCCAGGAAAGUUUAGUCUCAUCACAAUUAAAGCUUGCAGCGGUACGAAGCCUGCUUCUUCUUUUUGGGACUCAUAUUGAGUUUGCAAAAAAAAAACACAGAAAAGGCAAGACACGCCGAGAAGUAGAGAUGUCCGAUAAUAUCGUCCGAUAAAUGCUUUAAAAUGUAGUAACGGAAAUUAACGGUUUCAAAAAGUAAAAUGUAUGACUUUUUAAAAGGCCGCUGUGUACACGGCCGUAGGGAGAAGUACAGAGCGCCAAUAAACCUUAAAGGCACUGCCUUUGCGUGCCGGCCCAGUCACAUAAUAUCUACGGCUUUUCACACACACAAGUGAAUGCAAGGCAUACUUGGUCAACAGCCAUACAGGUCACACUGAGGGUGGCCGUAUAAACAACUUUAACACUGUUACAAAUAUGUGUGAACCCACACCAAACAAGAAUGACAAACACAUUUGGGGAGAACAUCCGCACUGUAACACAACAUAAACACAACACAACAAAUACCCAGAACCCUUUGCAGCACUAACUCUUCUGGGACGCUACAAUCCCCCGCUACUCAACCCCAACCCCGCCCACCUCAACCUCCUCAUGCUCUCUCAGGGAGAGCAUGUCCCAAAUUCCAAGCUGCUGUUUUGAGGCAUGUUAAAAAAAGUCAUGCACUUUGUGACUUCAAUAAUAAAUAUGGCAGUGCCAUGUUGGCACUUUUUUUCUAUAACUUGAGUUGAUUUAUUUUGGAAAACCUUGUUACAUUGUUUAAUGCAUCCAGCGGGGCGUCACAACAAAAUUAGGCAUAAUAAUGUGUUCAUUCCACCACUGUAUAUAUCGGUAUCGGUUGUUAUCUGAAUCGGUAAUUAAGAGUUGGACAAUAUCGGGAUAUCGGCAAAAAAGCCACUAUCGGGCGAGUGACGAGAAGUGUGCUGCGCAGCAAGUGACCUGAAAGGCCACAAAACGAAUGAAGCGUUGGUAUAAAGAAACACGGUUUGGUCAUCGGAAAGUUUGUAAAUUUAAAAAAAAGUUUGCAAAUAGAGGGGGUCUUAAAUCGAGGUUCAACUGAAUCCAAACUACAUCAGGAUGUUGCCUGCAGCCGCAGUUACUUUUUCUAUUUUACUCUCCGCUUAUUAGCGGCCAGCCAACCCUCAAAUACUCUGCUGUUAAUUGGACUAUUUACAGUGUUCAUACAAAAAAAAAAGAAGAAAAAAAAGACUUCUGGUUUAUAGUCUACGGAGCCCCUAAAGGGACAUUUUUUUUAUUUUUAGACAUGUCGUGCA